AUGAAAAAAAUUUUUUCUCAUAAAGAAACAAAAACUGGACAAGUAACAUCAUCAGAAUCAUCAUCUUCUCCAGCAUACUAUCAUCAUCCAUCUUCAUCUUCUUCUUCAACAACAGAUUCUUAUUCUCAUACAGCAAAUUCAACAGCAGGCUAUUCACAAAGAAAUGCUUAUCCGACAUUAACACAAUAUAAUCAAGAACAUGAAAAAAAGACUUUACUUGAAAAAACUGAAUCGUUUGCAACAAAUUUACUUGGAAAUAUUGUUGGAGAAGAUACUAUUGUUUCGGCAACGAAUACAAUAAAUAAUGUAAUCACUGGUGGACAUAAUGCGCGAGAUCUUCUUCAAAAUGGUGCUAUUGUUCAAUUGGUUUCGAAAAGUUCAGGUCAUUUACUUCAAGUUGUUAUGUCUUCAUAUGACACUCUUGUAUUUGAUGGAAAUGGUACUAUGAAUUCAUUCAAUACUUAUUUCAAUGUGGAAAAAACUGAAAAAGGACGACUUCGAUUUCAUAAUAAUUAUAAUUAUUUAGCAUUUGAUGGCAAACAAGCUUGUGUCAAGUCAUUCCCAUCUGGUGCUAAAAAUGAUCCUAGUGUAGAGUUUCGUGUACAUGAUAUAUUUGGUACUAGUGAAUUAGUAGCAUUUGAAUCUUGUACAUGUAAAAGUCAUUUUAUUUCGAUUUCAACGGAUGGUCAUCUGAAAACAACGAAUACUAAAGAGAAAAAUGUCGAUGCGCAAUUCUCAGUUAUAACAGUUGUAAAUAAUCAACAAUCAAUGUUUCCCUAUCAAGCACAACCUUAUCAACAGUUUAAUAUGAAUCCAUAUGGCGGAUUUCCACCUAAUAGUGUGAAUUCAUCUGUGCUUCCUCAUCCAUCGAUGUAUUAUCAACAACCAACGGCACCUCCUCCUCAUUCUGUUCCAUCUUAUGCACAAAAUCCAUGUAGUCAACCAUCGACGUCAUCUGGAUUGUAUCCAAAAUUUAAUUGA